AAUUGCACUUUUUCGCCAUUUCCUGGAGAGAAUAUGCGUGAAACAUCUGGUAGGAAUGUGGUUGGUCUACUGUUUCAGAUUUUAUGACAUCGAACUGGCACAUAGUGAGGGAAUUGCAGUUUUAAAAAAUAUAUUAUUAAUGUACUUCUUGCAUAGAAUGAUUUCCUAAAAAUUCAGUAAAAUAGGCUUGUUCUGUCAAGUAUAUUGCUUUGCUUUUGAAUUGCAUAGUUUUUUUAGGCUUGGAAGCAAGACUGAUGGGAGUGCAGGUCAAGACUACCAGUGCCCUAAAUAUUCUCUUUAACAGCAAAGCUAUUGAGAAUUAUAUACUGUAAUCAUAUGAGGCAUGAGGUCUGCAGCACUCUUAAGAUUAACACAUUAUAUAUUUUAAGCUUUCGUAAUUAUAGACUCCUUUAUCAGAUGUGUUUAAUGAAAUUUGAGAGAGUUCAGAAUUGCUAUAGUACAGGGCUUCUUAAACUUUUCCACUUGCAACUCUUUUUGACUGGAGAAAUGUCUACAUGAACCUAGGUAUAUAGGUAUAUAAAAUAGGUAGAAAAAUCAAACAUUUAUUGAUAAGAAAUCAGCAUUUGCAAGGCUUGCUAAACAGGUUGAUUUUCCUUUUUAUAAAAUACUAGCUGUACUCGGUCAUGUGUUGUUGUGGCCCAGUCUGGUUCAAUGUGAAGGAAAGGAUAGAGAAUCAUGUUAUUUUCCUGCUGGGAGAGGCCAUAGCCCCCUCCCAGGGAGUGACCCCAGUGCCUCCUCCUCCCUAGUAUUGAAAAUCUGGCUACCAGUAUUAAAAAAACUCUGAAAUCAAGACAGUAACUGAAGAACACCACUCAGAAAACAGAGGAAUUCCAGACAUAAAACAAUCAGGGCCAGCUAAUUUCUCCCAACAAAGGAUUCCACCAGGCAGGAAGAAGCCAGGCUUGGAAGCGGCAAGGCUAUUCAGUGCUAAUCAAGAUGGCCAAUUACAACAUUCACACUUGACUCAAGCAGGAAAGAGUUUUUUUCUCUCACCCUAGAACUUCCACAGAUAUAUUUAUAUAAUUAUUUUGUUUAAUUAUACUAUAAUACUGUUAUAUUAUAUUAUAAUAUAAAAACAUAAUUAGUGGUAUCUCUCGCUCACCUUUCUGGGGCCCAUAAUAAGGAUUUUCACUCUCACUAUCUGUUAUGGUUGAGCCUUCUGGCUCCGGUACUAGGAGACGGGGUCGUAAGACUCCUCGAGAGUCAGACUCUUUUGAGGAGCAUGAAAGGAAACGGCUCCGGGACUUAUUUGCAGAACCAACAGAUGAAGACUCAUUUGAGGGUUUUACCGAGGGAAUGGAGGAAGAGAUGGUUAGCUCAGAGGAGGAUGACAUGGAGUGGACUCGUGUGAGGGAAGAUUUGGGUGUCACCGGCAAUGAUAGCAUGGGAGGCGAUUGGCGGGUUGCAGGAUCAGACCCAUGGACGGGCUGGAGGGAUGGAGCGGGAUCCACAGCUGGGGAUGCUGUGGGGCGUAGUCAAAGGUGUUUUAGCUCUGAUGAGGAUGAUGAUGAUGAGGCACCUGGAAUUAGGAUAGCAGCUGACAGCGAUGAGGAGUUAUGAACUGGAUAAAAUGGGGUUUAGGAUCAAUGGCUAAUUGCGUUGGGCAAGGUAAUCUGGACGAACGCUUGGGCUCUUGUUGGGGAACUUCCUGAAGACGGGUGUGAUUCGUUGCUGGAUACCUUGGACCUCCGUCGUCUUUUUGACGGACAUUAAUUACCUACUCUGGAUUGACGCUGGACUGACUGACUGACUAUGACCUUGGACUAUCCCUUCUGUGGCUAUCGGUGGAACUUGUGGAACUUUAGACGUCUGCACUUGGCUUUCGACCUUGGACCGGAUUGGGACCCUGCUGACCGCUGUUACCCUGAUUGAUGUGCCUGGACCCGGAUUUCGCUCGUUGCACGGAGGAGUAAACAGCCUGAGUUACUCAUCUGUAGCUUUUGAGUAGCAGAGAGGAAUCUGCUGCCCGUUUUUGUGUUCAUUUUGACCUCUGUUUACCAACUUUUGUUUGUUUAAAUUGUCAGGCUGAAGUAAGCACUUUUGCUUUAAUCCGGAUUAAACUCCUGUUUAAUCCGGUUUAUCCUUUCGAACCGUUUUAAUUCAAACGGAGCUGUUUCUGUUACUUUUCACACUGAAGACAAGUGUUUGCCUAGUCCUUUGCUUCCUACGGGAAUUUUUAAGUUCUGUAACUUUAAUAAACUGUGUUGUACUCUAUUUGGUGGCGUUCUGUCUUUGACACUAACCUCUUUUCUGUGGCUAGGCCACAGAACCUCGGCUUCGCGUAACUUGCCAAGCCGAACUGAGUGGCGAGGAGGUGGGCCUAGCUAUCCCUUGCAGCUUCAUUCACGCCAGUUGCUAAAGGGAGGAGACUGCUUGGCUGUUGCUAGUGCCAUUACUAAGGGGGGGAGCCAUCUGCUACAGCAGUUGCUAAGGGAGGAGGGGACUGCUUGGCCAUUGCUAAGUGAGGAGGAGACUGAUUGGCCAUUGCUAAGGGGUAUGGUUUUACCUGUCUCAGGUGUGACAGGUUUGUGAUAGUAGGUAUGUGAAUUGCUUAAUACACUCGUCAGUUCAAAUGCUAUAUUGUGUCCAAAUUUCAUAGCAAUCAGUGAAAUAGUUUAGGAGAUAAGAUGUCAUCACAAACAGAUAUUACAUUUUUUAUUUAUAUAGAUAGCUGAAACAUCUUCAGCAGAGGUCAGUGUAAACACUGCACAGCAAAUUAGUGUACAUGUCUAAAACUACACUAGGUGAUGUUCAGAAAUUUUUUAUUGCUGCCAUAUUUUUCAGAACUCCAACAUUAAGCUAAGGAGAUCACAUUUGUAGACUUCAAGGUUUCAUAGGAAUCUAUGAGCUACCCCACAAUGGCAACUGCUGAAAAAACCAGAUUUAGAUCGUUUGGUUCCCUCCAGCUACCGCCCAGUUUCGAAUCUUUCAUUUCUGGGCAAGGUGAUUGAGAGGGCAGUAGCGGUGCAGCUGCAGCAGUUCCUAGACGACACAGCCGGACUGGAUCCUUUCCAGUCUGGCUUCCGUGCGGGGCAUGGGACAGAGACUGUAUUGGUUUCCAUCACAGAUCAUCUCCGAUGCCAGCUUGACCGGGGCGGGUCGGUGUUGCUUGUGUUAUUGGAUCUCACAGCAGCAUUUGACACAGUCGAUCACAAUCUUCUGACCCACCGCCUUGCCGUUGCUGGAGUUAGGGGGACAGCUUUAAAUUGGCUGGCCUCCUUUCUUCACAACCGUGGACAGCGAGUGGAGAGGGGGGGCCUGGUCUCUGAGAGGUCCCCUCUACAUUGUGGGGUUCCUCAGGGGGCCAUUCUCUCCCCUCUGUUGUUUAACAUCUAUAUGCAACCACUUGCUCAGCUGGUCCGAGAUUUCGGGCUCGAGUGUUAUCAAUAUGCUGACGACACUCAGCUUGUGUUAAAGAUGGAAGGCCAACCGGAGUCUGUACCCGACAGUUUUCACCAGUGCCUCGAGGCCAUUAUUGGAUGGUUGCGUUCCAGUAGUUUGAGGGUGAAUCCAGCAAAGACGGAGUUCCUAUGGCUGGGCCGACCGGGCAGUGGGGAUAUCCAGUUGCCAACCCUGGAUGGUGAAGUGCUACGCCCGUCUUCACUAGUAAAGAGUCUGGGAGUCCUCUUGAACCCUUCAUUGACGAUGCAGGCCCAGGUCUCCGCUGUUACCAAAACUGCCUUUUUUCAUCUUCGGCAGGCUAGACGGCUAGCCCCCUAUCUAUCUAGGGACAACCUGGCUACAGUGAUCCAGGCUACAGUCAUCUCGAGACUGGAUUACUGUAAUGCCCUUUACAUUGGCCUUCCUGUGUCGGUGAUCCGGAAGCUCAAAUUGGUGCAAAAUGCAGCUGCCCGGCUCCUUGCGGGAGUCCCCAUAAGAUGCCACAUAACACCAAUCUUACGGCAGCUGCACUGGUUACCAAUUGAGCACCGGAUCACUUUCAAAGUGAUGGUGCUUACCUUCAAGGCCUUACAUGGUCCAGGGCCGAUGUACCUGAGGGACCGCCUCACCCCUUACAAACCCCAGAGAUCCCUCCGUUCUGAGGACCAAGACCUGCUGGAAGUCCCCAGUUUUAAGACCUUGCGUCUAACUGCAACUAGACGCAGAGCCUUUUCAGUAGUGGCGCCAUCUCUGUGGAACACCUUGCCACCUGAAGUUCGUGCCUUGCGGGACUUGUUGGCCUUCCGCAGGGCAUGUAAGACACACCUGUUUCGGCAGGCUUUUGAGUUCUGUUGCUGAUGUUUUAAAAGGUGCUUUUAGGAUGUUUUAAAGAUUUUUUUUAAAUGAUGUUUUUAAAAUGUUUUUUAAAUUGUUGAUUUUAGCCGGUUCUUGUAAGCCGCUCUGAGCCCUAGGGGAGUGGCGGCAUAUAAGUUUGAAAAAUAAAUAAAUAAAUAAAUAAAUAAACUUAUGUUUGCAUGAUGUGCCUCCUUGAUGCUUCUUCAUGCUUCCUCAUUCACAGGCAGUUCUGAUUUUUAUGAAACUCAAUAAAAGUUGAUACAUUUUGGUUCAUUUCUGCUUGUCUUACUUGUAACAUGUUUUGUGAUGUUAGAUGCUUUCUCCAUGUUGCAUUACAGAAGUGUUGCAAUCCUAGCAUUGUCUGUCCCCUCCCCCCAAAUAUUUUUAAGCAUUCAAUUGUAAUCCCCCCCCCCACCACUCAUCCUCAUUUUUAAACUUUGGUUUUAGAUAUGGUUUAUUAUAAUGUUUUAUAUUGCAUUUUAUCUUUUUAAAUCUCUCAAGAAGUUUAUGACUAUUUCACUCGUAAACUUUAAAUUUUUACAUCUGUGUUUUUGUUUGGUUUCCCCUAUGCUUUAAUUCCCACAGGGUUUGUCAAAGAAACAUUUAGCAAUACUGCUAGAAUUCUAAGGAUUUUUUAAAAGCACACCUCUCUACAAGGGAAGCUGACCUGUUUCUCUAGAGAUGUAUCGGAUGAGGGAGAAAACAAAGUGAAGAUAAACAGCAAGUUGUAAAGGCAUUAAAAGUUAAUACAGUAGAGUCUCACUUAUCCAAGCUAAACGGGCCGGCAGAAGCUUGGAUAAGUGAAUAUCUUGGAUAAUAAGGAGGGAUUAAGGAAAAGCCUAUUAAACAUCAAAUUAGGUUAUGAUUUUACAAAUUCAGCACCAAAACAUCAUGUUAUACAACAAAUUUGACAGAAAAGGUAGUUCAAUAUGCAGUAAUGUUAUGUAGUAAUUACUGUAUUUACGAAUUUAGCACCAAAAUAUCACGAUAUAUUGAAAACAUCGACUAAAAAAAUGAAUUGGAUAAUCCAGAACAUUAGAUAAGCGAGUGUUGGAUAAGUGAGACUCUACUGUACUAAAGAAUAACACCUUUUCUGUGUGUGCCUUCAAGUUACCUGAUGACUUAUGGUGGUCCCAUGAAUUUCAUACAGUUUUCUUAGACAAGGCAUAUUCAAGGAUGGUUUUUCCUGUUCCUUCCUCUGAAGUAUAGAUUACAGCACCUAGUAUCCAUGGGUGGUCCUCCAUCCAGGUACUGACCAGGUUUGACUCUUCUAAGCUCAAUGAUAUGGGAUCAUAGUCUUGCAGUGUCAAGCAGUGUCAUCUUGAAGUGCUCUGGUCACUUUUCCUAGACAUUUGAAACUUCUUGCAAUUAACUUCUGAUAUUGUUUGCCUUAUGUACAAGGCACUUUCUUUUCCUAUGAUUUUUAUCAAAAAGAACUACCGAACAGAAAGAUAACGUUAGUUGUUGAGCUAAACUACUGUGCUAUUACUCCAAAGUGCCAGUCUUUCACCCAAACUGCUGUGUGCUGUCUACACACGUGCCAGAAUGGGAAAUUCAUUUGAGAUAAGAGUGCUUCGAGUUAAGAGUCCAGUCACUGAAUGAAUUAAACUCUUAAGUCAAGGUAUCACUUAUUUAUAUCCUACUUUUGCACUGAAGGAAAGUCAAAAUGGUAGUCAGUGUGUUUAGUUCUUUGAAAUUACUCCUGUAGGGCCCCUCUACAUUGCUAUACAACACAAUUUGAAACUGCAGUAUAUGUCUGUGUAGAUGUGACCAAGGGCACAAAGAACUUUAUCCAGUAGAAACUGGUCUGGAAGGAUUAAGUUGCUACAAGAGUGUGUCCUCAUAGCAUGCCAUGCUUUAAGGAAGGAAGAUUGUGUAUACUCAUUAUGCGGUGAGUCAGCUGGUUGGUAUUUCAUCACCAGAAACCUCCUUGCUGUUUUGCAAAUUGUUAUCAGUGGAUUUGUUUUAUCUUUCUUGUAAUCUGCUCUUAGCAUCUUCUGUUAAGUAUGUCCUUCUUGGCGUGUGAAAGGAUCAGUGAAGAUCUUAAAACGUUUACCCCUGUGGACAAAAAUAAGAAGUCACGGGAGAGGAAAUUAGUAUUAGGUGUUGUUUAUUGCAAGGCCCUUAUUGGAAAGCCUUCUCUUGAAAUGGGUGUGUGAUAACUACUCAGUAAUGAGAAAAAGCAGAAUUCAUAAUGCCCAGCCACCUGCUGUUGCUUCAAGUGCUUGGAGUGAGCUUUGCCACUAAAAACAAAUGCAGAUGCAGAGCUAGAAAGCUGUGGUUCAGAUAAAGAUAGUUAUUGUGUAGCAGACGAGGAGCUGAAAAGACCAUUGCUGCUUUUCUCUGAACAAAGGAAGCAAGAAAAUUCUCUCUGGUCAGAUGAGACUUGUGGAAGGGAACAAAACAACACUACUCUUAUUUAAGCGUGUUGCUGUGGGAUAUUUAAAAUAUGUUUCAAGGAUUUGAGAAUAAUUUUUAGAAUUGUUUGGAAGUUCCCGUCUAUGUAUUGCCGUCUAUGAUUCUAUGAUUCAUCAUACUAAUUCAGAGUGCAUCUACACUGUAUAAGUAAUGUAGUUUACACCAUUUUACCUGACAUGGCUCAAUGCUAUGGAAUCUCAAUUUUUUUACAAGCACCAAAGAGGUGCUUAACCAAACUACAAAUCCCAGGAUUCCAUACCAUUGAGCCAUGGAAUCAUAGAACCAUAGAGUUGGGAGAGACCUCAUGGGCCAUCCAGUCCAACCCCCUGCCAAGAAGCAGGAAAAUUGAAUUCAAAGCAAAUCUGACAGAUGGCCAUCCAGCCUCUGUUUAAAAGCCUCCAAAGAAAGAGCCUCCACCACACUCCAGGGCAGAGAGUUCCACUGCUGAACAGCUCUCACAGUGAGGAAGUUCUUCCUAAUGUUCAGGUGGACUCUCCUUUCCUGUAGUUUGAAGCCGUUGCUCCGCAUCUUAGUCUCCAAGGCAGCAGAAAACAAAUUUGCUUCUUCCUCCCUAUGACUUCCCCUCACAUAUUUAUAAAUGGCUAUCAUGUCUCCUCUCAGCCUUCUCUUCUGCAGACUAAAUAUGUCCGGCUCUUUAAGCCGCUUGUUCUCCAGACCUUUGAUCAUUUUAGUCACCCUCCUCUGGACACAUUCCAGCU